AUGGAGCAUAAUUGUCACGGUCUUAGAGUCCCGUUCAAACGUAUACGUAACGAUUGUCGUACUCGUAGACAAAAUUCAUACUCAGCUCAGGCUUUGACGUAUGACAAAUCAAACCUAAUGUGUAGCAGUAGAAUUGUAGUCCCUGGGGACCUUAUAUCCCCUUUAGACGUCAAUAAGAAAAGUGGGCCGUCGACGUACUGUUGCUCGGGGAAUAUACUGUCAAGUGCAUUUGGAUAUGUCAAGGAGGAAUCACAUACGGACGGAUCAAAAACAUUUUCAGUUGUGCCGUUGAAAACUUCUGGCAUAGUUCCUUACACCGGGUCAAUUGUGUUGGCCAAAGUUUCUAGUAUUACACGAAGAUUUGUUCGCUGCGAUAUCGUCGCGAUUGGAGAAGUUUGCCUUGCCGGACCAUUCAAAGGUCUCAUAAGACGUGAGGAUAUUCGUGCUACGCAACGCGAUCAAGCAGAACCAGGCUGCUGUUUUAGACCAGGAGAUAUUGUUCGAGCUCGUGUUAUUAAUCUCUUGGGUCCUGGAGCAUAUACCAACGCUGGUUCCUUUAUGUCUAGCACUUCACCACAGACGUUAUCCACGUUGUUAACUACUCAGGCUAUAUCCUGUUCAGUGGCUGCCACCAAUGAUGCAAACAUAAGUGGCUCCAGUUCUGUUUGUCUUCUAUCUACUGCUGAGCCUGAUUUAGGCGUGGUCCUUGGUCUUGGAAGGUCUCCUGAUAACAGCUUUCUCGAACUUCUUGGCAGUACAAGUGGCUCUCCCCUUGUUCCUGUUGGAUGGACUGAGAUGCUAUGUCCUCACACACUUACUCGAUACCCUCGAAAAGUUGCUCGUGUGCCAGAUGAACUUAUUACUCAGUUGAUUUGUGCUCAAAUUGAAUAA